CCGGAACCUUGCAAGGGCAUGCAACGCGGGCGCGUUCGAUCCCACUUAUAAUGCAAGGACAGCCCGGCACCAUGAUCGCCGCAACACGCAGGUCAUGGCCACAGCUCUGUUCCAAUCGCAUACACCCCCGUCGCCGUCUACGUUGUCCAAAUCAGACAGCGAUGGCUCUCGUCUGUCGGUGGACGGGAAGAGUAGUGACGGCCUCGACACGCCGCUCACGUCGCCGGAGAGCUUUCCGGUGAAGAGAUACGAGCGCCGUUUGGGAGACAGCGAACUGUCCUAUUUCCUUCCCUCUCGCGCCGAUGGUGUGAAUGACAUGUAUCUUCACCUUGGUUUACGAACGACCGCGGAGAGGAUGGACCGGACUCGAGUCCGUACAGUGUGGGCCAUCUUGCGGCAAAGGCAUCCGCUCUUAGCUUCGGAGGUCGAGUUCCAUGACUACGACGACGUCAGAUUUGUGUAUACACCUGCAGCUUCCGUGGAAGAUUGUAUCAGUGAUGCUGAUGCCAAUCUAGAGUAUCGGACGCAAGGCAAAGAUGAGCUUAUCGACGCAUACCUCAACGGGCCCCGGACACUGUCGAGCAAUAGGUUAUCAUAUCUCAUCGUCUCUCGUCCGAGCGCUCCCAGGUCCGCCCCCGCAGAUGACGCACCUCACGAGGAGCGUGAAAGCUUGCAAGACUUUGAAAUUCUGCUGUGUGCUACACAUUAUCUUGGAGACGGCAUGGCUUUGCAUACAUGCGCAAACGAUUUCUUCACGAUACUCGGAGGUCCACUUACGCAGGAAGCGUUGAUCCAAAUACUCUCCGACGAGGCUCCACCAAGAUGGGAUACACCGAUCCACAACGCAGCCACUCUACCCGUGCCUCUCGAAGACAAGCUGCCGCAGACACACGGAAAAUUCCAACAGGUCGCAGCAAAGCUCACAUUCAAGGCCGAGCAGAGGAGGUCGUUUGGUGGGCAUGUCUUCAAAAGGAAAGGAGGGAAGACUCGGCACACGAUCGUCCCAACGGUUUCCUUCGACGCUGUGCGAACUCAAUCUAUGCUGAAGAAGUGCAAGGCGAACGGUGUCUCUAUCUCUGCCGCCAUUUUCGCUCUAUGCAACAUCGCCUGGGCAAGAGUGAAGGACAGCAAGGAUGAUCUCCCCAUGAUGAUGUACUCCGCAUUGAACAUGCGACCGUAUUGCGGAGAAACCAACGGCCAUGCGUCGUACUGGUUCCUUGCCGUUGGUUACUUCAACGUGGUCCUCCCUUCUUUCUUGUCGAAGUCGUCCAAGGCUGAGAAGAUCUUCUGGCAUCGCGCACGGGCUGCGAAAGAGCAGAGCAGCCGCGCCGCCAAAAGUCCUCUGGUCGCUGUCCACGCUCGGGAAAUGGCCUCAGAGCGCGCCGCGAGGGCUCGUGCGUGGGGCAAAGAAGACGACGAAAAAGAGCGUGGCGUCUGGGUUCCGCCGCCUCCAAAGCCCGAGGCUGCCAGAUCAGAGCAGCCCAUCGUGCCCUCCGUGGCUCUCAUCGGCCUGUCGCUCUUAGGAAAUCUUGACGGGAUGUAUAAGCAUGUAUCCUAUCCGGAUGUGCAGCUCCACACUCUGACAACGGGAUCACGACAAAGGCCAGGAGGGAUGCUUCUUUUCGGGUACACGUUCGCCUCGAAGCUCUGGAUCAGUCUUGGGUACGACGAGAACGGGUUUGACGAGGUGCAGAUCGCUAGAUUUUGGAACACUCUUACUCUUGCGGUGGACGAAUUCUUGGGGUAGUAAUGUCCCUUUGGUAGUUCUCGAUAGGUGUAAUAGC